AUGUUUGCAUGGCGACUUGCAAUCAUUGUGUGCACAUUUUUUGUAUUCAUCUAUCUAUUUUUUAACUAUAAAUCUAUACAACUUACCUUUCAUCCGGAUCGUUAUCAUGGUCAUCAUAUUCGAAAUGGAAUAUUUUUUGAAGGAUGGUAUUAUAAAAUAGUUUCAAAUGAAUAUAAUAAUACAUUUGUUAUUAUUCCUGGUGUACAUAUGAAUGAUAGUAAACGACAUUCAUUUAUAAUGAUUGCUUAUGAUAAUAUUUCACAUUAUUUUCAUUUUCCAUAUGAAACAUUAUCAUCAUCAUUUGAUGAAUUUCAAUUAACAAUUGAUAACAAAAAAAAUAUCUUUUCAUAUGAUAAAAUUAUUAUUGAUGUUCAACCAAAAACUAAUAAUGAUGAUGCAACAGAAAGUUUUCAAAUGAAUUUAACAUUAUCAUCACAUAUAUUUAUACCUGAUUUAUUAUGGAUAAUACCAGGAACAAUGGGUCCUUAUUCAUGGAUACCAACAAUGCAAUGUUAUCAUCAUGUUCUUAGUAUUGGUUAUAUAGAAAAAGAUUGGGGACAUUCAUUUCCAUCAAUAUGGAUAUGGGGUCAAGCUAAUCAAUGGGAAAAUCUUUCAUCAACAUCAUCAUCAGCUAGUUUAUUUUUUUCAUUAGCACUUAUUCCAUGGUAUUUUAAUAUUGAAUUUGCUGGAUUUCUUAUUGUUUUUGAAUAUAAUAAUGAAUUUUAUCGCUUUAAUACUUAUUUACAAUCGAUUAUUCAUGAUUUAUCUAUUAAUAUUCAUACAAAUCAAAUUUCAUUUAAUGUUUAUGAUGUUUUAUUUCAAUAUAAACUUCAUAUAAGUACUUAUUAUAAUGAAUUAGAAAAUAUAUAUAGUGCUAUAUUAUAUGGACCACGUUAUGAUCGAAUGGAAAAAUAUGUAAAAGAAUUUCUUACAAAAAAUAUUCAUUUUAAUGUUCAAUUAUCAAAAUUAAUUUAUAAUAUGACAUUAAAUAAAGAUAAUAAUGAUAUAUUUAUUCAACAUGGUUAUUAUGAAGAAAUUAUUUUUCAAGGCCAAGCACAAAAUAUUGCUUUAGAAAUAACAGGUGAUGUUAAUAAAUUAAGUGAAAAAUUUCAUCAAACAUAUGAAAAUAUUUAUCCAUGGAAUUUUUCAUUAAUAAGAUAUUUAAUUCUAUAUUAUAAAUUAGUAUUAACAACUAUUAUAAGUUUAAUGAUUAUAUGGUUAAUAUUUGUUAAAUGUCAAUGA